AACGUAAACAAACCAUUCAUUCGUCCAACGUUGUAAACAAGCGUCGCGAUGGAAAUUCCUACCACCAGCCGGAAACCAUGGAAGAAAAAUCUGUACGAAAACGCCGAAUACGAGGACAACUACACCGAUCCGUCCUUCCUGAAGGACAUGCAAACGAAUGUGAACCUGAAAACGUAUACCCCGCAGGAAGCGUUUGCCGGUGCGACAAGGCUCAGCCAGCAGAUCUCGGUCGUGACGGCAUUCCUGAUCGUGUUUCAUCAACUCUACCUGGAACGUAUCGAAGCGAAGGUGCUUUUUUACCAGUCGGCAAUCGGCACCAUCGUGGGCUACUUCCUGUACGCCGGGCGUGACAUACAGGUGGCAAAGUUUGUGGAAGACUCCAAGACGGCGCUCGCGGUGCUCGUGUUUGGCUUCAUCUUCUCGCCCCUGCUGCACACGCUCACCAACAGCAUCAGCACGGAUACGAUCUUUUCGAUGACUUUCUUCGUGCUGGUGCUUCAUUUAAUUUUCUUCGACUACGGCGUAUCGGUGGCAUUCGUGUCCAAGGCCAUCUCGCUGAACGCUGCCAUCUUCGGGUCGAUAUGCUUGGCGUCACGCUUAUCCUCUUCCCUGCACGCGUUCGUACUGCUGGAGGUGGCGGCCGUAUUCUUUGCACUGGGCCCUUUCCUGGUGCGCAAGCUGUACAGCGUGCAGUUCCUGGUGCUUUCCAUUGCAGUGUGCUGCUAUUUUCUUCAAUCGAUCUCAAACAUUAUUCUGUACACGUACGUUAGCACGCUGGCCUUUGUGAAUCUGUUCUGUCCGUGGCUGUUCGUUCGGUUGCAAAAGUACAAAAACAACAUCAACGGUCCAUGGGACGAAGCGGUAGUUGUGGAAGAACCGGCACCUUAGACUCGCUCGUUCGAAGGAUUUAUUUAGACGUAACUCUAGUCAGUGGCAUUGUACAUAAUAAGCGUAAAUUAAAAAUAGUUACAAAGAGA